AUGAACUCCAACAACACCCACAACACCCACAACCCCUUCACUGGCGACGGUGUCACCAACACUCAUAACCCCCUUACCGGUGACAAGACCGGUCCCCAUCCCCCUCCUGGAACCAACCCCAUGACCGGACGUACCAAGGAUGGUAACCUUGGCCGCAACGAGCAGCAGCCCCCCGAAGCUCGCCACACCGGUGCAACUGGCCCUGGUACAGGCAUGACCUCCGGAGCCAAUACCCACAACACCCACAACCCCCUGACGGGCGACGGUGUCACAAAUACCCAUAAUCCGAUGACUGGUGGAUAUACCGACACUGGUGCGCAUACGACUGGCCACACUGGAGCCCACACCAGUGUCACCUCUGGAACCAACACGCAUAACACCCACAACCCCCUUACUGGUGAUGGCGUAACGAACACUCACAACCCGCUGACUGGUGACAAGACCGGACCCAAUCCUCCUCCCGGAACUAACCCUGUCACUGGCCGCACCAACGACGGAAACCUUGGCCGCCAUGAGCAACAACCCGGUGGAUAUACCGGGACCGGGGCGCAUACCACCGGCACUCACACUACCGGCACUCACACCACUGGCGCACAUACCACCGGCCACACUGGCACUCACACUGGCGUCACUUCUGGUACCAACACACACAACACGCAUAACCCUCUGACGGGCGACGGCGUAACCAACACCCACAACCCGAUGACCGGCGACAAGACCGGACCCAACCCUCCCCCCGGAACUAACCCUGUCACUGGUCGUACUAACGACGGUAAUCUCGGCCGCCAUGAACAACAGCCUCUCGGAGCCACCGGUACCACCGGUACGACUGGCGCCGGCCCCCACCCCACGUCCACACAGGCCUCUGGCGGCGGAGCCAAGGCUAUGAUCGGCAAGGUUGAGGCCACCCUCGGCUCAAUCAUAAAAAACCCUAGCAUGCACGCCAAGGGUGUCCAGAAACAGGAGGAGGCACAGGCUGCGAAGCUCGCCAAGGAGGAGGCCGCGCAUGGAGAUGCCAACAUCCGUCACUAA